AACGUCGCCACUUUUAUCACCGUUCUUGUCAAGUUUACACCCCGAGUUCAUAGUGUUUGCGUUUUUCACCGGAAAAUAAACCAAAAGUCCUUUAAAGCACCAUAAAACGCAGACCCUCUACAGUUAUAUAAAGUUUUCAGUUGUUACCACGUGCAGAAACCCAUAAAGACUGUCGCGGUGACAUAGCCCCUUUCACCCUACACUACCUAAAAACAUCAGGAAUGGUAAUGGAGGCACCACCAUCUCCCCAAAGCGUAGGACGGGAGUUUGUCAGACAAUAUUAUACCCUUCUCAACAAGGCUCCGACUCAUCUUCACAGGUUUUAUAACCACCAGUCAUCUUUCAUCCAUGGGGGAUUGGAUCCUAGUAGGGAAACUAUCCCCGUGAUUGGCCAGAAGCAAAUUCAUCAGAAGAUCCAGCAGUUGAAUUUCAGGGAUUGCCAUGCCAAGAUUACUCAGGUCGAUUCUCAGUCGACUCUCGGCGGUGGAGUAGUUGUCCAGGUGACUGGAGAACUCUCCAACGCCGGACAGCCGAUGAGAAGAUUUACACAGACUUUUGUUCUUGCAUCUCAAAGCCCUAAGAAAUAUUACGUUCAUAAUGACAUCUUCAGAUACCAGGAUGAAAUUAUUUCUGACGAAGAAUGUGAUGGUGAGAUCAGGUCCGAAGUUGAAGAAGAAUGUCUGGACCGCUCGUCUUUAGUUGAACCCCAGCCUUCCCUUGGACAACCAAUCGCGCCUGCACCAGGACUUCCCGUUUACGCCGCUACUGUACCUUCUGGAGCGACCGCUUUGCCUUCAAUGAAUGCUCAGCAACCGGCCGCAGCUCCUCAUCAACCUUCUCACGUGCUUCCGCCCCAACAGCCUCCCCAGAUUAAUCAGACCUCACCGCCGGUUACUUUGAAUGGACAUCCUGAUGAUUGGGCACUUAUGCAAGGACACAUUCCUCAAACUCAACAACCACCAUUGGCCACUUCUUUGUCUCCCAUUCCGGCAGGCAUGCAAAAUCAACCUGCCGAAAUUAUCCCUAUCGAAGAACCCCAGGAAAUACAGGAAGAACCUUUGGAAGAAAAUAAUGACGUCGGAUAUGGGGAUGUUGCGGAAACGGAAUUAGAACCAGAAAUACCUCAAGGACCAGCUUCAAAUGAGCCCAAAACGUUUGCGAACCUCUUUAAAAACUCAUCUGCCGGUCAGAAUCAGUCAGUCACCUAUCAGUCGCAGCAACCCUCUUAUGAACCGUCGCCACAAUUGAACAAUCGCCAACCAAGUCAAACGAAUGGAGUUUCUGGUAGACCGAGUGCUGGGCGACUGAGUGGAGGUCCACCACCCAAUAGGGUCGGUGGGGCUGGUCCACCAAGGACUAAACCAGAAGACGGAGAGGACCGACGACGCUCAAACUUUGGCCAACUUGACGCAAACCAACUAUUCUUGGGAAAUUUGCCUCAUAUCGCGAAAGAAGAAGAACUAAGGGAGAUAUUCGAGGAAUUUGGCGCAGUAUUAGAUUUGAGAAUUCACAGCAAACCAUCUCCGAACGGCGUCAAGCCCCAGGGAGGUCGUGCACCACCGAAUUACGGAUUUAUCACGUACGAAAGCCAACAGUCUAUUGUCGCUUGUUUGGCUGCCAGACCCAUCUACUACCCAGUAAGAGACGAUAGUAGCGGUACACAACUGAACAUUGAAGAAAAAAAGAAUAAAGAUAGAGACGGUCGACCGUCGUUUGGUGGAAACGGACCUAGACCUGACAGUUUCAGAUCGGGUGGUCGAGGUGAUCAAUCCAGGAGAGGAAUGGGCCCUGGUGGUCCUCGCGGCUCUCAAGGUGGAAACAGACAAGGACAGGACAGAUAUUACUCCAGAAACCAAGGAAAUACGAACAACUACAUGCGCCGCUAGGCGCCAAGCAGCGAUGUUGCCAAGUCGUUUCUUCCCUAUCCCUACCCCCGUGUGUGUUAGUGAUUAUACGCGUUCGUUCCCCAAAGUCAUGUGUGUGCCGCGACCAUAAUAAAAAUACGGACUCGUACGCUCGUCGCCGCUUCGGCCACGUACUUUUUUUUUUGUAACGCUCCUUUUGUCGUUUAUUUUUUGUUGUCGGGGUUUUAUAUUAAUACUAUUUGUUUACCGAGGCAGUUUAGGCUUGCUAUAGAAAAUAAACGUGAUAAUUUGUA